ACGACUCACGUCGUCCAAUUCCGCUGUUAAAAUUAAUUUGUUUCUUACUUUUUUGAGUUUUUUGAAUAAUUUUGAUUUAAAAAUUUCUGGAUCUGCCCCAUUGUGUAUCUCAGUUGUUUUUGGCCUGUACGCUUCCUCUGGUUCGAGGAACUUUAUUUGAGGAGGAAAAGAAGCACCAGAGAAACCAGCAAAAAUGAGCGUACUGCAGAAGAUCGCCGAAAUCGAGGCCGAGAUGAAUCGGACGCAGAAGAACAAGGCGACGAGCUACCACUUGGGUCUGCUGAAGGCCCGCCUGGCCAAGCUGCGCCGCGAACUCAUCACGCCCAAGGGCGGCGGCGGGGUAGCCGGGGAGGGCUUCGACGUGGCCAAGACCGGAGACGCGCGUAUUGGAUUUGUCGGCUUCCCCUCCGUCGGCAAGUCGACCCUCCUGACCAACCUGGCCGGCGUCUACUCCGAGGUGGCCGCCUACGAGUUCACCACGCUCACCACCGUGCCCGGCGUCAUCAAGUACAAGGGCGCCAAAAUCCAGCUGCUGGACUUGCCCGGCAUCAUCGAGGGGGCCAAGGACGGAAAGGGCCGUGGCCGACAAGUGAUUGCCGUUGCACGGACGUGCAGCCUGAUCUUCAUCGUCCUGGACGUCCUCAAGCCCCUGCAGCAUAAAAAUCUCCUCGAAUACGAACUGGAAGGCUUCGGUAUCCGCCUCAAUAAGACGCCGCCCAACAUUGGCUUCCGGAAAAAAGAUAAAGGCGGCGUCAACCUCAACGUGCUAGUGGCGCAGAGCGAGCUGGACCUGGAGACGGUGCGGGCCAUCCUGGCCGAGUACAAGAUCCACAACGCCGACGUGACGCUGCGCUACGACGCCAGCGCCGAGGACCUCAUCGACGUCAUCGAGGGCAACCGCAUCUACAUGCCCUGCAUCUACAUCCUCAACAAGAUCGACCAGAUCUCCAUCGAGGAGCUCGACAUCAUCUACAAGAUCCCGCACUGCGUCCCCAUCUCCGCCCACCACAAGUGGAACUUUGACGACCUACUGGAGAAGCUGUGGGAGUAUUUGAAGCUGGUGCGCAUCUACACGAAGCCGCGCGGCCAACUGCCGGACUACGACUCACCGGUGAUCCUGACGCAGGAGCGCUGCGCCGUGGAGGACUUCUGCAUGAAGAUCCACAAGACGCUGAUCAAGGACUUCAAGAUCGCCCUGGUCUGGGGCUCCUCCGUCAAGCACCAGCCGCAGCGCGUCGGCAAGGACCACCAGCUCAACGACGAGGACGUGGUGCAGAUCAUCAAGAGGGUGUAGACGACAUCCACUACCGUAACUCGUUGCGCUGUGACGGCAGCGCCGCGGAUCUGCCGCUGGGCCAUGUGAUGAUAGCAUUCAGUUUCAGACGUAUUUUGCACGCGUUGUUGAACUGUCCUGAAAGUUUUUUACUCGGCGUUUUCUUGCUUGAUAUCAACUUGUGGAAAGUGGCGACGUUUCCACUCAUUGAACCCGGAAAACAAUGAGAUCUUACGUUUUGCUGAAGUUAUCGUACGAUCGGAUAGCGAGAUCUUUCUGAUUAAUUUAU